GAGAGUACCUUCACGCGGUGUCUGCGUAGUUCACCAAUCGCGUCGCUCCUAGCAAUGAUCAACGUCUUUCUCGGUGGGACCGCGUUCGGAGUGGGCACAAUUUUUGGCCGAAAACGCCUCUACGAGUUCCUCGGCGUUGACCAUCUAUUCCCCUACUUGGACUACACGGUGUACGCCAUCGUCGGAGCUACUGGACUAUUCGCUGUCAUUGUCUACAUCGUCUGCUCCAUAUCGUCCGGAUGGAACGCGAAGAGGUGCUUUGAAGGCACCCGCGCAACCAGCUGUGGCCGUUGUUUGAAUGCCACGCUGCUUGUUUGCCUGGUCAUCGCGGUCACCUUCUGGGCCCUGGUAGCCUGCCUCCUGUCCUAUCCCGUGAUGAGUAGUGCUCUUGUGCUCUAUCGGGAUGCUGGGCCAGCACGCUCUGUCAAUUCCGACGACGGCCUCGUUCGAACUGCACGUCAAGUUGAGGAGUUUGCGCCAGCAUUGGAGACCGACACCUACAGUGCCUCUCUGACUAGCCCAGAGCCUAGCUUCGCUUUCCAGCCUCGAAAUACAAGGAUUGUCGGUCUGGACGUGAACCCCACCGAGGUGAUCGCCAGCUACUUCAAGUGUGAACCGGGCAAAAUCGAUUGGUCAUAUUAUGGUCUGUAUGACAUGGACGGCAAACCGUUGAUGCUGGACUCCACGGAUUUGAGCACGCGUAUCAGAACCUCACUGAUUUUUACGUCUGUUGCCUUCCUCGGCGCUCUAAUCACCAUGAUUGGCUUCUUAUUCCUCACGUGCUCGGUGGCAAUGAACUUCGCCAGGCUGAAGGAGCUGCGCUACUACGAGCCCUCGGUUAACGACGACGAGACAAUUCGACUGCGUCAUUGA